AUGCCUGACGGAGGAGUUCUUUCAGCAGUGUCAGAAACCAUGGCCGCCAAAUUCUUCCUUCCACUGCUUAGCUUGUUCGUCUUCUACGCCAUUUUCCAUUUCUUCGAAAUCAAUGGCGCGAACAAGCUCGUCCUCGAAUCUAUCAAGGCAAAAAAGCUCCCAGCAAGCGAUGCGUCCUUGCGCACAGUUUACACGGGAAUCGCGCCUCUCGAUGAGCUACUUGCUGUCUUGACUGUCUUCUUCUGGCCGACUACGGACGGCAGCAAUCUUUCUUUGCUGGUGCACUCGAUCGCGUUCUCAGGUACCUUUGGCUCUGCCUGGGUUCUGGUGAGCUUGGAGGCAUGGAGGAGGGGAAACGCCUGGACGACUGUCGCCUUCCCCAUGGUCAUUGGUCUUCUCGCGCAGGUGAUGACAUUCGCAUUUGCGGCCCCGCUCUACUGUGCGAUCCAAUUAUUCACGUCUGUCACUGCUGUGAAACCGAACGCAGAGAACAUUCGGGUUCCUCGGGCAGUUCUGAACGCGCUCCCAUUCGUGUUUGCAGUUGGUUUCAUGCUCCCGACAGGGUUAUUGCUUCUUCCCGUCUCCGAGCAGGUUGACACAGACCUCAAGCAGCUUAUCAUCGCUCUUUGGCAACCGUGGCCUGCAUAUGUCUCCAUCCUGCUGACCACUGUCCACGUCCUGUUCUCCCCGUUCACCAGUAACGACCACACCGUCGAAGGCGGACGCGCAACUCUGCGGUCCUUCCGAUGGGUUUACGCCUUUGCCUUCGCUCUCACCACCAUAAGCCACAUUACCUCGUGGAUUAUCCCUCUCGCGACUGUUGCGGCGCCGCAGUUGUUCAAAGAGGAGUAUUUGGAGGCUCUCCAUCCGCUCGCUGUAUUCAACAUUCCGAAACCGUGGGAGACACCGACUCUGGUAGAGGACGUUGGAGCUGGGGUGCACGCUUUCCUGCGCUGGGAUUAUAUCAUUGGUUCUGUGGGCAUUUUGAUCUGGACCGUCAGCUUAUACCAGACGGCUCACCGUGUCGUAUACGGUCGCGCCGGAUGUGCCGGACUGUUUGUCAAGGUUGUUGCCCUGUCGAUCCUGGCUGGGCCGGUUGGGGCUGCUGUCGAGUUGAUGUGGGAACGUGAUGAGUUAGUGAUCAACGAGCUGGGUGGAUUAAAAAGGACAGCACCGGUGGGCAAGAAGGUGGCGUAG